AUAUUACAACCGUCAGCAACAUGACUCCUGACUACCAAUGUAAUCCCAGACCGUAUAGGCUAUAGCCUAGGCUGGUUGAUGAGUUGUCUGUGUCUAUGCAGGUCCUGGACUUCCACGGCAUGGAUCACCAGCUGGCUGCCCUCCUGGUGCCCCACCUCCCAGAACCAGCUCAAGACUGCAGAGGAGAAGAUGCUGCAAUGCAUCACAGGCAAGGUGUCCCAGCAGUAUGUCCCAAUCUCGGAUGGUAACAUGCUGUGGACCCUCACAUUGAAUGGAAACAUGAAGAACCAGACUCCCCUGGUGCUGCUGCAUGGCUUCGGUGGAGGGGUGGGCCUGUGGGCCCUCAACCUAGACGCCCUGGCCCAACAGAGACCCGUCUAUGCCUUUGACCUGCUGGGCUUCGGCCAGAGCAGCAGGCCCUACUUCAGCUCCGACGCCAAGGAGGCUGAGGCACAGUUUGUGGACUCCAUCGAGCAGUGGAGGGCUAAAGUCGGCCUGGAAGCCAUGGUCAUGCUGGGACAUAACUUUGGAGGUUAUUUGGCAGCUGCUUAUUCGCUUAAGUAUCCUACCAGGGUAAAGCACAUGGUGCUGGUUGAGCCGUGGGGCUUACCUGAGCGUCCAGACACAGAAGACCAGGACAGGCCCAUCCCCGUGUGGAUCAAAGCCCUGGGAGCCAUGUUGAGCCCGUUCAACCCCCUGGCAGGGCUACGUCUGGUGGGGCCACUGGGUCCCACACUUGUUUCAACUCUAAGACCAGACUUCAAGAAGAAAUACUUGUCCAUGUUCAACGACGAUACGGUCACAGAGUAUAUCUAUCACCUGAACGUCCAGACUCCCAGUGGUGAGACAGCCUUCAAGAACAUGACUAUCCCAUACGGGUGGGCCAAGAGGCCUAUGCUGCAGAGGAUUGGCCUACUCCAUGCUGACAUCCCUAUUACUGUGAUAUAUGGGUCACGCUCCAGCAUCGACGGCUAUCAGAGGGGCGGGCCACUACGUCUAUGCUGACCAGCCAGAGGACUUCAACCACAGAGUGCUUCAGGUGUGUGACGCGCUGGGCUGAGGGGGGCACUAGUUAACCUGCGGAGAGGGACGUGUUAUACCUGUCAUGCCCAGAGCUUGUCCUCUCAGUGAGCAUGUGAUCUGUGAGGAUCAGAGAGGACUGGGCAGACGGCUCAAUAGGGCUUUAUUUUACCUCGAUCAUCCUCACUUUAGGUCCUCAGUAGUAGACCCACCACCACCAGCACAGCAGACCUGCUAACUAGGGAAGGACCCCGUGUUGAAAAGAUGAUUCUCCUGGAUUGUUUGGUUUGACACUUUUGUAUUCAUUCUACUGACUAAAGAGAAUGGCUCAGUUGUUACUGCUUGUCGGGAUUUUGGUCAUUUUGUGAUGAGUGUGUCAGCUUUUAAUCUGCUGUUUUAAGAAAUGUGAUUCUCAGAACGAUACAGACUACUACUUGUGGAUUAUUCUUAUUCUGUCAAAGAUCCUUCGUGAGAUUAUUUAGAAAUGUUUCAUUUGCGUCAGAACAGCUCAUGACCACGGACCAUAGAGCUUUGAUUUAAAUACACAUGAUUGUGGAACUUCUAGACCUCUGGUUUUGCUGAUGGACUCCUGAGUGGCACAGUGGUCUAAGGCACUUCAUCUCAGUGCUUCAUCUCAGUUCCAGGCUGUAUCACAACCGGCCGUGAUUGGCAGUCCCAUAGGGCGGCGCACAAUUGGCCCAGCGUCGUUAGGGUUGGUCCGGGGUCGUUAGGGUUGGUCCGGGGUCGUUAGGGUUGGUCCGGGGUCGUUAGGGUUGGUCCGGGGUCGUUAGGGUUGGUCCGGGGUCGUUAGGGUUGGUCCGGGGUCGUUAGGGUUGGUCCGGGGUCGUUAGGGUUGGUCCGGGGUAGGCCGUCAUUGCAAAUAAGAAUUUCUUCUUAACUGACUUGCGAAGUUAAAUCAAGGUUAAAUAAAUACCAAAUAUAAAAAUAUUUCCCCAUGACAACCGAAGUGCCUUGUUAAUGACCUAGUAUGUGACCAGGGACUACAGUCAUUGCUGCUGCUUUUUGGUCUUGUCUUUUUAUGGGUCCUUUUGCAAGUGGUCGUUUUCACUUCAAGAUGUUCUAAUUACGUUCUCAUUCAUAGUGUUUUGGCUCUUGUUGUGGUCUAGUGUUAAAAUAAUCCACUUAUUAAUAGCUAGCGUGUGCAGGUGAAGGAAAACAAAGCAGCAGAAUCUAGUAAUUGAAGAUAACUACUCCAUUCUUCUCAGCUGCCAUUGUGGGGAAAGAAGGUUCGGUCUCAAUAAAUCCCAUUCAUUCAUUGCAACAGUAUUUGAUAGUAUUAUUAGGCACCUGUCCAGGGUCUCUGGAAAAGCACAGGUCUAAGAUCAGUUAGCAUAGCUAUAGCAGCCUGUCCUCUUAUACCAUAUAGGUGACAGCUAAUAUCUCUGUGUGAAGUUGCAGAUUGGGUGGGUUACUUAGACUUCUCCAGCCACUUUACCCAGUGAAACCUUUAAAAACUAUCUAAAGCACCGUUUACUAGAUGUGCUGAGCCCAAGGAUAAGGUUUGAUUAACUCCUGAACAUGUGGAUGCCUUUGUAUUGUGGCCUGUAUCAUUGUAAGUCUCCAAUCACAAGUCAAUUACCGUGGUGCUUCUCUAUUCAUGUAUUGUAAAAUACCUGUAAAUAAUAAAGAUUAUAUUAUGA